GGAAUGGAAUGACAAGUUAGCUCUGGAUGCUACGGCCUGGGCAAAAUUAUGUAACUUCGAACACGGCUUUGUUGAUGGGUCAGACUUUGCGGGGCAAAACUUAUACAUGGGAUGGGACAAGGAGGGCGUUCGAGCUGUUCAUCUAUGGUACGAAGAAUACAAUUUCUACGAUAUACAUAAAGUUGAAUGUAUUCCUGAAAAACAAUGUGGUCACUACACUCAGAUGGUUUGGGCACAAAGCCGACGACUCGGAUGUGGCAUCGCUCGUUGUGACAGCAGUUACUACGUUGUUUGCCAUUAUAGUCCAAGGGGUAAUUUGGUAGAGACUCCGCCAUAUAAAAUUGGAAAACCGUGUUCCCAGUGUGAUAUUGGUUCCGGUGGACUUUGUAAUGAAACAUUAUGUGUGACCGAAGCCACGUGUAAAAAGGAAGGGUUAAAGUGUC